AAGCAGAGACGCUCAAAGCUGUUGCAGAGAUGGACGACUACACUCGAGAGAUGAUGGACCUCAAGACCCUUGUCACUCGAACCCUAGAGAAGAAAGGCGUCCUCGCCAAGAUCCGGGCUGAACUGCGAGCAAGUGUGUUUGAGGCAAUAGAAGAGGAGGAUCGGGCUGUAGAGAAGGAAGAAAGUCUGCCUCCUGCAUUAUUGGGUAGCUGCAAUGACAGGGCAAAACAACUUCAUGCUUCUCCUUCAGGAAGGUUGCUAGCUGCACUAAUAUGUGAAUACUUGGACUGGGCACAAUUGAACCACACAUCAAAAGUUUAUAUUCCGGAAUGUAAUUUGCAAAAGGAUUUCUGGAAAGCUGAAUUGAAGGAAUUUAGUAGCAAGAAUGGAUAUGAUCUUAACCGGAAUGGAGAAAGUUGUCCUUUACUUUUGGAUGUCCUUGAAGGAUUCUUAAAGUUCGAGAAUUUGUCCCAAGCAAGAGGUCCUGGAAGGAGACUACCUACUUCAGAACCGGACUCUUUAUCUGGCUUGGAGCCCCGGAACAUGAGGAGGCCUUCGUCAUCGUCUGUUGCUGGAGGUUUACCUCCAUUGGGAAGGCCGGUUCCAGUUUCCCAGGCAUCUGAUAGGAGAGCUGGGUCUUCCAUGUCUGGUUACAGAAAAGAGGAUUACAAUUGGAGGUAUGACAGUGAUGAGCCAGAGGAUGUAAUACGAACUUCAACUGCUUUGGAGAAUCUUCAAUUGGAUAGAAAAGCUCGGAAUCUGACUACAUCUUGGCGGCAUGCUGGAGAUGGAAUCUCGGAGGACGAUGGUAGGGCGGACCAUAUGUAGCUCCAUGGCAUACCCUGUAUCACCUAACAUGCAGUAGUAUUUCCCAUGUAUUUUUUAUCUUUCAUCCAUCAGUGAUUUUUGAUGAGGCUAGUGAUGUUAUGUAAGAUUAUAUAUAUUAUAUCUACAGCUUUGUGGUUUUAGUAAUUGUUUGAGUUUUCUUUGCCCUGAUCUGUUUCUGAAAUAUCAAUCAAUUUGGCUUCUUCUUA